CAAUCAUUGGGUAAUCAACAUUGCAAUUCCAGGAGGCUCCUUACAUCUUUUCAUCUCUUCACAGAUGAUGACCCAGUUGGUGAGCAACGGAAAUCAAACACUGGUGACUGAGUUCCUCUUCUCCAUGUUCCCCCAACUGUAUGAAGGUGGCCUCCUCUUCUUUAUCCCCUUGCUUCUUGUCUACAUAUUUAUCAUAUCAGGGAAUCUGGUGAUAUUCAUUGCUGUUCAGCUGGACAUGACCCUGCACACGCCCAUGUAUUUCUUCAUCAGUGUCCUCUCAUUCCUGGAGAUCUGGUAUACCACAACUACUAUUCCCAACAUGCUCUCCUGCCUAAUAAGUGAGAAGAAGACCAUCUCCCUGGCUGGCUGCCUCAUGCAGAUGUACUUUUUCCACUCUUUGGGUAUCACAGAAGGCUGCGUCCUGACAGCAAUGGCCAUUGACAGGUAUAUAGCUAUCUGCCACCCCCUCCGUUACCGGACCAUCAUGACUCCCAAACUUUGUAUCCAACUAACAGCUGGAUCCUGUCUCUGUGGUUUCCUCCUCGUGCUCCCUGAGAUUGCAUGGAUUGCCACACUGCCUUUCUGUGGCUCCAACCAGAUCCACCAGAUCUUCUGUGACUUCAGCCCCGUACUGAGCUUGGCUUGCACAGAUACAUCCUUGGUGGUCAUUGUGGAUGCCAUCCAUGCAGUGGAGAUCCUUGCCUCUUUCCUAGUGAUCGCCCUAUCCUAUACCCGAAUCAUCAUCUUGAUUCUGGGGAUGCCUUCCGCAGAGGGCCGGCACAAGGCUUUCUCCACCUGCGCAGCCCACCUUGCUGUGUUCUUGCUGUUUUUUGGCAGUGUAGCUGUCAUGUAUUUGCGAUUCUCAGCCACAUACUCAGUAUUCUGGGACACAGUAAUUGCGGUCACAUUUGUUAUCCUUGCUCCCUUCCUCAACCCUAUCAUUUACAGUCUGAGAAACAAGGACAUGAAGCAUGCUAUUGGGAGGCUUUUCCAUCAGAAGAGAGCAGGGAGGCAUGAGAAGUAG